AAGACUGCAGCGCCUCAGGGCCCAGGUUUCAACAGAUUCUUCAAAAUGCCAUCCCAAAUGGAGCAUGCCAUGGAAACCAUGAUGCUUACAUUUCACAGGUUUGCAGGGGAAAAAAACUACUUGACAAAGGAGGACCUGAGAGUGCUCAUGGAAAGGGAGUUCCCUGGGUUUUUGGAAAAUCAAAAGGACCCUCUGGCUGUGGACAAAAUAAUGAAAGACCUGGACCAGUGCCGAGAUGGAAAAGUGGGCUUCCAGAGCUUUCUAUCACUAGUGGCGGGGCUCAUCAUUGCAUGCAAUGACUAUUUUGUAGUACACAUGAAGCAGAAGAAGUAGGCCAACUGGAGCCCUGGUACCCACACCUUGAUGCGUCCUCUCCCAUGGGGUCAACUGAGGAAUCUGCCCCACUGCUUCCUGUGAGCAGAUCAGGACCCUUAGGAAAUGUGCAAAUAACAUCCAACUCCAAUUCGACAAGCAGAGAAAGAAAAGUUAAUCCAAUGACAGAGGAGCUUUCGAGUUUUAUAUUGUUUGCAUCCGGUUGCCCUCAAUAAAGAAAGUCUUUUUUUUUAAGUUCCG